AUGUAUUUUUUCGAGACACCCACCAAAAAGAGAGUCGCCCAGGUGGCAUGCGCCGUGAUCUGGUGUCUUUUUGGAGCGGGUCCGAUCUUUGGUUUCGCCGCCCUCAAGCCCAUUCUCGUCGACCAGGGAGUCUACGAGGACGCAUGCGACCUGAGCUCGCAAGAUUACCUAACGGAGGGCUUCAUACCGAACUGCACAGAACAGGACCUUAAAUUGAACAUGAUGUUCACCACCGGCGCGGUUCUGACCAACGUCAGUGCGCUUUUGAUUGGCAGAACGCUGGACCUGUAUGGCCCUAGAGUUUGCGGACUGAUAGGCGCAACGUCCAUGCUGUUCGCCUCUCUUGUGUUUAUCUACUCCAAAUCUAUCACGUGGUUCGACCCGUACCUGGUGGGAUACGCGGCAAUGGCGCUGGGCGGCCCGUUUUCGUUUAUCUCGAGCUUCCAGCUGUCCAACGCAUUUCCUGAAAAAUCCGGAUUGAUUCUUGCGCUUUUGACCGGAGCCUUCGACACUUCCUCGGCCGUGUUUCUGGUGUACAAAUUCGCCUACACCAGGUGGCCGGACGCCUUGAAAAUCGAAACGUUCUACAAGAUGUACCUUGUGGUCCCGCUCUUUAUCGCUCUGGCGGAGAUCUUCAUCAUGCCAAACGAGUCUUAUCUGACUCCACCAGUCGACCUUAUUCCAAACCCUACCGAGGAACAACAGCGGCUGGCCGUGGCUCUGGAGCGUGAGGACUCGCUGCACGAGGUGAACGAAAACACGCAUCUUCUGGCCGUCCAAGGCGCAGCCAAGAGAAGGUCCUCGCUCGGAGAGGCAUACAGAUCGGCGUACGUGGAGGAGGAGCUCGAAGAAGUCACCACGCCAACGCCAAACUCCGUCUUCGGUAUCCUGCACGGCUACCCCUCGUCGUACCAGUUCAGAACAUACUGGUUCCUGCUGAUUUGUCUUUUUGCAACCAUCCAGAUGCUCCGACUAAAUUAUUUUGUUGCAACCGUUAAUUCGCAGUACACAUUUUUGCUUGGCUCGUACGAGAAAUCCGCCAAACUGAACAAAAUCUUUGACAUUGCGCUGCCGCUCGGCGGUGUGUUGUCAAUCCCUGUGAUUGGCCGCAUUCUGGACGGCUGCUCCACCUCGCUGGUCAUGUUUAUUCUGCUUGCAGUGUCCAUUUUGAUCGGCGUGCUCAACUGCAUCAAGAACUCGUUUGCUGCCGGAGUCGUCAACGUCCUCAUCUUCGUGUGCUACAGACCGUUCUUCUACACCUCCAUAUCGGACUACUGCGCCAAAGUGUUUGGUUUCGAGACCUUUGGAACGGUCUACGGCUCCGUCAUGACCAUCUCUGGUAUCUUCAACUUCCUGCAGUCUCCAUUAGACAGACUCACGCACACGGUGUUCAAGAUGAACCCUAUUCCGCUGAACCUGCUGCUGCUUCUGAUCACGCUUGUCAUCGGCGGCACCCACGUGCUAUACGUUCAUGUGCAGAGCAAAGCCUACAACAAAAAAAGAAGAGCACACAACCUAGGACGUUAG